GGGACUCGGUGUUUAAAUGCUGACAGCAGGGUCUCCAUCUUAUUAGUCGGUCAAUAUGUGUGAUGAGGAGGAAACCACAGCCUUGGUGUGUGACAAUGGCUCAGGGCUGGUGAAGGCAGGCUUCGCCGGAGACGAUGCUCCCAGAGCCGUCUUCCCCUCCAUUGUUGGACGGCCCAGACACCAGGGCGUGAUGGUAGGCAUGGGUCAGAAGGACAGCUAUGUAGGCGAUGAGGCGCAGAGUAAGAGAGGUAUCCUGACCCUAAAAUACCCCAUCGAGCAUGGCAUCAUCACCAACUGGGAUGACAUGGAGAAGAUAUGGCACCAUACCUUCUACAACGAGCUGAGAGUGGCUCCAGAGGAGCACCCUGUCCUACUGACUGAGGCCCCGCUUAACCCUAAGGCUAACAGAGAAAAGAUGACACAAAUUAUGUUUGAGACCUUUAACGUCCCAGCUAUGUAUGUGGCCAUCCAAGCUGUCCUUUCUCUCUAUGCCUCUGGCAGGACCACAGGCAUUGUCCUUGAUGCUGGUGACGGUGUUACUCACAAUGUGCCAGUCUAUGAAGGCUAUGCUCUACCUCAUGCUAUAAUGAGGCUGGACCUUGCAGGCAGAGACCUCACUGACUACCUUAUGAAGAUCCUGACUGAGAGAGGCUACAGCUUCGUUACCACUGCUGAGCGAGAGAUAGUGCGUGACAUCAAGGAGAAGUUGUGCUAUGUAGCUCUGGACUUUGAGAACGAGAUGGCCACUGCCGCCUCCUCUUCCUCCCUGGAGAAGAGUUAUGAGCUGCCUGAUGGGCAGGUCAUCACCAUCGGCAAUGAGAGAUUCCGUUGCCCGGAGACCCUCUUCCAACCUUCUUUCAUCGGUAUGGAGUCUGCAGGCAUCCAUGAGACUACAUACAAUGGUAUUAUGAAGUGUGAUAUUGACAUCCGUAAGGACCUGUAUGCCAAUAACGUCCUGUCAGGGGGUACCACCAUGUACCCUGGUAUUGGUGACCGCAUGCAGAAAGAGAUAACUGCCCUGGCACCAAGUACCAUGAAGAUCAAGAUGAUUGCCCCCCCAGAGAGAAAGUACUCCGUAUGGAUUGGCGGCUCCAUCCUGGCUUCUCUCUCCACCUUUCAGGCCAUGUGGAUCAGCAAGGAUGAGUAUGAAGAGGCUGGACCAUCUAUUGUGCACAGGAAGUGCUUCUGAAUCAAUUCUUCCCUGUCUACAUCCUGCCUCCAUUAUCUUUGUUUUUUGUCUCAGUUCAUUCACCCCUAUCUUCUUUUGCUCAUGGAGUUGUCAUGCUUCUUUCCUGUGUCAGCAUUUUCUUUUAAUUUCUCUCCCCCUCCCAUCUCUCAAUCUCUCUCUCUCUCGCUCUCUCUCUCUCACCUCUGUUUACUACAUUGCUGCUUUGCCAUCAUUGUCCUCCUCCAAAAUGCCCUCUGACUGUUGACUG